AUGGCGGAACUAUGACAUCAACAUUUGUCUGAGCCCUAACAUUUUCAAUAUGCCACUUCUAGACAAAUGCGGACAACAAUGUACAGGAAAGAAAGCGAAGUAUCAGUGAAAAUGGUAUAGCCAUGUUUUGUUGGGGUAGAUGCUCCGAAGGCCAGCUUGGGUUGGGAGAGAUUGAGGACGAAAAUAUCCUGUCUCCAAGGAAUCUUGAAAGCACUUUCGGAACUGAGUCCGAAAUUAAAGACAUUGUGUGUGGCUGGGAGCAUACAGCGGUCUUGAAAAAGGACGGUGUUGUCUAUACGUGUGGAAGUAAUGAAAAUGGACAACUUGGGCAUAAUAAAGAUGGAAAAAAGUUCGCUCGUGUAGAUGCACUUGAAACACGCACAGUCAAGCAAGUGGUUUGUGGACAAAUGCACACCCUGGCUGUCACAGAUAGUGGACUUGUGCUUGCAUGGGGUGACAACACUAAGGGACAACUGGGUCUAGGAAACACAGAGAACAAUGUCCAAAGCCAUCCAAAAAUUGUUAGAAGUCUCCAGUCUGAUGGUGUGAUGGUAUCACAAGUUGCUUGUGGAGCAAGGCAUUCUUUAGCACUCAGUACAGGUGGAUUCUUGUUUUCUUGGGGUGAUAACAAACACGGACAGCUAGGAAUUGGUAAUUCAAGUCCAGUGCACAAUGUACCUGAACAUGUGUCUUCUUUGUGUGGGGUUCCCUUUGCUUUGAUCUGUGCCGGUGGAUAUCACAGCUUUGCCUUGUCACUCUCUGGAGCACUCUUUAGCUGGGGGAGAAACAACUUUGGCCAACUGGGAAUAAAUGACAACAAAGAUCAUUCUAUGCCUGUACUUGUGAAGUCCUUAAGAUCACAAAGGGUGCGCUAUGUCACAGCAGGAGAGUAUCAUACAGCUGCCUUGACAGAGGAUGGAGGGGUGUUUACAUUUGGUUGGGGCAAUUUUGGUCAACUUGGACAUAACUCUAAUAGUGAUGAAUGUAAUCCUAAAAAGGUGUUUGAACUAAUGGGACAAGUGGUGACACAAGUUGCCUGUGGAAGGUUUCACACACUGGCUUAUGUUGCAUCAUCAGGAAAGCUGUUCUCAUUUGGUUCUGGAGAGAAUGGCCAACUGGGCAAUAACAAAGUCACGAAUAUCAAUAGCCCUGUUGCUGUUCACAACAGUUGGGUGAAAGUUAAACCUGAGAAUCACUAUGUUGUCCAUAGAAUAGCUGCAGGUGGUGACCACUGCUAUAUUCUUGUAUCAAAAAAGAAUCAGGACGACCGCAGUCCUUGUGAUUUCCGGGUUCAAGACCGAUCUAAACACCUGUGGACAUUUACAGAGUCUAGUGUACUGGAGUUGGUUCAACAGUUGUCACUUCCCAAUCCUUCAACCGAGAUUUUUCAUAAAUUAGAGACAACUUUCUCAUCCUAUUCAUGUUUGAAUGGAUCAUUUUUGGAUAGACGAAACCAUGAACAAACAAGCUCUAAAAUCCAUGGCAUUCAUCUACAAUCUGCAAGACGCUCCUUUGAUCUGCUCAAUGGAAUGAAGCACAAGGCAAUUGUUACAAAGUUGUUUGCUGCCUUUACACAUGGUGUCAUUCACUCCCUCCUUCAACCACCUCCAGACAUUGAAGCCCUCAGAGUCUAUUUACUUCUUCCAGAAUGUUCUGUUUAUCAAAAUGGUGAACAGUUUGAAAAUAUUGUCAUUCCGUUCAGUGAAGCCAUCUUACGAUUAUCAACAGAUGCCAGAAAAGUGUUAAUGAGAUGGUGGUCUUCUUUACCAUCCACCUUUUUCUCUCGUACAAUGAAGAUGUUUCAAGAUUGUGUAAAGUACUUAUUACACUUUCCUCCUCCAAAGUUUAUAACUGAAGAGGCCGUUAGACGUCAAGCAGCUUUGGCUACAUGUUUAAAUGUUUUAGAACAGCUUAACACGGUUAAUACAGAAUCUGGUGACAUUGUACCAUUUAAACAGUUUUAUAUUCCUGAGAUACAGGCAACAAUUGACAUUAGAGCUGACUUCUUCAACUGGAUUCAAAAUCAGAUUGUGACUAACCGUCAAGAAUUUUGGCGCCACCUUAAUCAUGGGCAAACCUUUUCCUUCUGUCGGUAUCCAUUUGUUUUUGAUGCGGAAGCUAAGACCACGCUGCUUCAAACAGAUGCUGUUAUGCAGAUGCAGAGCGCUGUGGAAGAAGUAAAUCGCCGGAAUGUGAGGAUGAUGAUGUCACAACUACCUAUUGACCCAGUUAACCCAAUACUGGUGAUUGUAGUGAAAAGGGACAGCAUUGUUAGUGACACUCUGACACAGAUCAUGAAAUGUGGUCCGUAUGACUUGAAGAAACCUCUUAAGGUCGUGUUUCAUGGUGAAGAAGGUGUUGAUGCUGGUGGUGUAAGGAAGGAAUUUUUCUUGCUGCUUUUGACGGAGAUCUUGGACCCCAAAUAUGGAAUGUUUACCUACAUUGAAGAGUCUCAGACCAUUUGGUUUAAUGAUCUGUCAUUUGAAGAAAGUCCAAUGUUCCUGUUGAUUGGUGUCAUCUGUGGAUUGGCCAUAUACAACUCUACUAUCAUUGACCUCAGAUUUCCUCCUGUUUUGUAUAAGAAACUUUUAGGCAGGAAACCUAAUCUUGAUGACUUCAGAGGUUUUAAACCAGCAGUUGCCAAGAACCUUGAGUAUUUGUUGGAGUAUGACCAAGCAGAAGGAGACCUGGCGGAAACGUUUGGACUCAAUUUUCAGGUUGUACGUGAGAAGUACGGAGCAUUAGAAUAUAUAGAUUUGAUUCCAGAUGGAGGAAAAACUCCAGUCAAUCUCGAGAACAGAGUGCAGUAUGUGGAUGUGUAUAUCGAUUAUUAUUUGAACAAGUCAGUCGAGAAACAGUUUGAGGCUUUUGCUCAAGGAUUUCAUCGGGUGUGUGGUGGAAAAGUCAUGGAGUUUUUUCAUCCGGAGGAGUUAAUGCAGAUGGUGGUAGGAUGUCAAGAUUAUGACUUCAGGGAACUCGAAAAGGUAGCGAUGUACAAAGGCGAGUACUUCAAGGGCCAUCCUAUUAUCAGAAACUUCUGGGGAGUUUUCUUUGACUUUCCGUUCAAAAUGAAGAAAAAGUUCCUUGCUUUCCUAACAGGAAGUGACAGAGUACCAAUUUUGGGAAUGAAAUCCAUGAAGAUCAUAAUUCAGCCCGUAGCUGGAGGAGAACAAGGAGAUCACCUUCCUGUGGCACACACGUGCUUCAAUUUGCUGGACUUACCGAGAUACUCAACAAGAGAAAUGAUGAAAACAAAACUCAGCCAAGCAGUGGAGUACUCAACCGGCUUUGGGCUUGCGUAAAAAAUUAUCAGUCAUUAUCCUGCAAGUAGACUUAUUCCUGGCUAUUCCUAGAGAGGAGUAUAGCUUUAAACCUUAAUAUGUGUUGAGAGAAGAGUGAGAUAAAAAGCGUCUGUAAUGAUCCAAACGACAGCGAAAUAACAAAUUUACCGAGGUUGCAGUCAUGCAUACUCUUUCUGAUGUCAAUGGUGCUUCGUUGGUAAGGAAAAAAACGUGAGAGUUCCUCGCCAAGCCACUUGAGGAUUUGCGAUUUGUUACGCAGAAAUGGAAAACCGCAGGUUGUAUGGUUUUCAGCGUUGCAAAAUCGCGCUGGUCACUCAAAAGGUGUUUGUCAAGAACCUGCAAGGUUAAAAGCUCGCUGAGGCAAAAUACGAAGUAACGAGUAUCAUGGACUUGUAAGACUUGCCUGCGGUUCUCAACGCCUUGAAUUUGUCAGUUGUUUGAAGGCAACUGUUGACUCUGUGUUAUUUUUACUGAAGUGUGGAGGUGAUUUUUUUGUUUCGCUUUUCCAUACACCAGGAUUUGGGAGCGCUAAGAAAGAAAUUCAGCUCAAUGCUCUGAUAAUUUGAAUUAUCCGUGCAAUAGGUUUUGUAGGCAACGAGGAAAGAUCUUAAAAUUAUUUUUGACAUAUCAGAUGGCCUUUUUCUACUAGGUAACACAACUUGGUCUCUGGUAUGUGGGUUGGUCAUUUGAAGGAAAGGAAACACAGGGUGAAUAGUUUUUUUGGACGAGUUUGUCGGACAAAACCGCUUCUAAUGCUUCCUAAACAAUUUCUGUGACUCAUUAUUUUUGUUGCUACAGACGUGGCUUAAAUUCAAACCAGGUGUGAUGUUUGCAAUUUAUUCCGGGACCACUCUGAUACCGAGAAUUCUCGAGAUUCUCUUUAUACUCGAAG